UAUGAAACUUGUCCAGGAAGACUAGCCGUGACUUGAGGUGUUACUUUAGCUAGCUAGCGCUAGCCCCCCACUACUGUUGUGUUAUCGGGCCUGGCUGCUAACGUUACUUAGCAACUAAUCACGUCCCGGAUUAAGGUGGGCUCAUGUUCACACGAGCGGAGGGGCGGCUGCCGCGUGGAGCUUGUAUCCGAACGAGGCGCGCUCUCCCCCGGGCAGCGUUGGACGUGUUUGUCCGCUGUCAACUCGGAGCAGCCCUGCCUGAUAGGUGUCACUGUGGAGACUUUGGGACUUGUGGAAUUUGCCGCGUGUGAGGUGUUUAGUACUGGUGACUCCUGCGCUCCUCUCCCCAUGUCUGCUCGUGCACAUGGGACUGUGAGUGAAGAGUGUGUGACCAUCACUGUGAGUUUGAAUGUCCUGGGCCCAGUCUGCACACGUGUCCUGUGGCUGUAGGCCCCUCAGAGCACAACCAUGAGCACAGCCAAGCCCAGCGGCCUCAAAGCUCCCAGCAAGAUCGCCCGGCCGGGAGUGGCGGCGACCAAGACUGCUCCCACUGCAGGAGCCAAAGCAGCGACAGACAAAUCAGCUCCAAGUGCCAGUGCAGGAGAUGGAGCGUCCGAGGAGAACUUUCAAGUCGGGGAGCGAGUAUGGGUGAACGGGAACAAGCCGGGCUACAUCCAGUUUCUGGGAGAGACCCAGUUCGCCCCUGGACAGUGGGCGGGCAUAGUCCUGGACGAGCCAAUUGGGAAGAACGACGGCUCAGUGGCAGGGGUGCGCUACUUCCAGUGUGAAGCCCUGAGAGGGAUCUUCACCCGGCCCUCCAAGCUGUCACGCACCGAGGGAGAGGCCAACGGGACCCAGACUGCACCUCCGUCCCGGGCCGCCUCCCCCACUCCCUCUGUGGGCAGUGUGGUGGCCCAAACCCCCGCGCCCAAAUCCACCCCAGCCUCUGCCGCUGUGAAGAAGACCACUCCAGCAGCAGCAGCAGCAGGAACAGCAGCAGCAGCUAGCUCCAACCUGGCCCGCACUAACAGCGAAUCUGUGUCUAACCUGUCCGAGUCCGGCUCUGUGAAGAAGGGCGAGAGGGAACUGAAGAUGGGCGACCGCGUGCUGGUCGGCGGUACAAAGGCUGGAGUGGUGCGCUUCCUUGGAGAGACAGAUUUUGCCAAAGGCGAGUGGUGCGGCGUGGAACUCGAUGAACCUCUGGGCAAAAACGACGGGGCAGUGGCCGGCACCAGGUAUUUCCAGUGCCAGCCCAAAUACGGCCUGUUUGCCCCUGUUCACAAGGUCACACGUAUCGGCUUCCCCUCCACCACACCGGCCAAAGCCAAGACCACAGCACGUAAGACCCCCACCACCACCCCCUCCGGCCUGAAGCGCAGCCCCAGUGCCUCCUCCAUCAGCACCAUGAGCUCGGUGACGUCUGCAGCCAGCGCCAAGCCCAGCCGCACAGGCCUGCUGACGGAGACCUCAUCCAGGUACAACCGUAAGAUCUCAGGCACCACAGCUCUGCAGGAGGCGCUGAAGGAGAAGCAGCAGCACAUCGAGCAGCUGAUGGCAGAGAGGGACCUGGAGAGAGCUGAGGUGGCCCGAGCUACAAGCCAGGCAGGAGAGAUGGAGCAAGAAAUCACUCUGCUCAGGGACGACCGCGAUGAGAUGGAGACAAAGAUGGAUCAGUUACGUGCCUUGGUAGAAGCAGCAGACAAAGACAAAGUAGAGCUGCUCAAUCAAUUAGAGGAGGAACGCAGAAAAGUGGAGGACCUUCAGUUCCGUGUUGAAGAAGCUUGCAUCACCAAAGGAGACUUGGAGACGCAGACCAGGCUGGAGCAUGCCCGCAUUAUGGAGCUUGAACAGUCGCUGCACAUUGAAAAGACCAAAGCUGAGAAACUCCAAAGAGAGUUAGAAGACACUAGGGUUGCAACUGUUUCCGAGAGGUCUCGUAUUCUAGAAUUAGAGAAGGAGCUUUCUGUGCGCACCAGAGAAGUGUCUGACCUGCAGCUGCGUCUGUCCAGCCAGCCAGACUCUGAAGAUCAGAGCUCCAGUAUGGCUCCACUACUACAAGAAAUAAGCACUUUGAGAGAUCAGUUAGCUUCCCAAGAAUCUAAACGGCAACAAGAGCUGAAGGGCUACAAAGAGCGGCUGGACACACAGGAGAAGGGUGCUGCUAAGCUUCAGAGCACAUGUACACAGCUCUCCAGUGAGAAAGAGCAGCUUCAGAUGCGCCUGAACCAGGUGGAGCGAGAGAACUCUGACACGCUGGAGCUAUGGAGGUCUAAACUGGAGUCUGCCGUAUCAUCUCACCAGCAAUCCAUGGAAGAGCUAAAGAUGUCUUUCAGCAAAGGCACAGACGUACAGACAGCAGAGCUCAUUGAAACCAAAAGUGCACUAGAAAAGCUCAAGCUGGAGCAUAAGAGUUUUAGAGAGGAGAGUGACGCCAAACUCAAAAAUGAACUAUCCACACGGACUCAGGAAAUGCAGGCUCUGAAGACGCAGCUUUCAGCUGUGACUGAGGAAAAGGAGAGGCUACAGGAGAACUUAAGGGCCCGUGUGGAGAAAGCAGAGGAGCAGCACCUUGUGGAGAUGGAAGAGAUCUUGGGCAAACUGCACACUGCAGAGCUGCGGUUGAAGGAGCUUGAAGAGAAGGAGGCCAAGCUCACACAAGAGGUUCAAGACAAGGAGCGAGAAACCAAAGAGAAGACAGCCCAACUGGAGGCUCUGCGCAGCCAACAAGCACAAAGCACAGAGGAGAUGAGCAGUGUGAAGAAGCAGCUACAGCACGCUCAGAGCCAGCAGGGGGCCAAGGUGGGGGAGUUGGGCUCUCUUCUGGAGGCCAAGGAGAAGGAGGCCCUCUCUCUCCAGCAGAGUGUGAGCGCUCUACAGCAGCAGAGGGAUGGCUUUGAAAAGGAGCUUGGAGACCUUAAACAGAAAAUGUCCGAAAUCACAGAGGAACACACCAAAUCCUUAAAAACUAUGCAAGAAACAAGUGAGAAGCUGAGUGCAAAGGAGGAGCAGCUCACCGCGCUAACUGCACAAACUGAAGCACUUAAAGGUCAACUUACAGGUUUGGAGAGAAAGCUGAAGACGGCCGACGAAAAGGUUGAGCAGUUAACACAGGACAAGGGUAAGCUGGAAAAGGACAUCUCCGACAUGAUGAAGGAGUCUGGAGACAGCUCAGUGCAGCUAACCAAGAUGAACCAAGACCUCAUGCACAAAGAGCGGAAGCUAGAGGAGCUGCAGGGCCUUCUGGCUGAGGAGAAGGAGAAAGUGGCUCAGAUGAAUGAAAAGCUCCAGCAGAACGAAGCCCAGAAAGAACAGCAGCUGAAAGAGACCAGAGAUGCACACCAGGGAGAGACUAAACAACUCCAGGAGAAGAUCACCACACUGGAGAAGUCAGUUGCGGAUGGAGCUGCUCUUGUGGAGGAGCUGAAGGCGUCCCAUGAGAAGGCCCUGGGCAAGGCCUCAGAGCUCCACAAACAGGAGCAGGAGCGACAGGAGCAGCAGGUGCGCCAGGUACAGGCUCAGGUCCAGCACUUGGAGAAGGAGCUGGGCCUGUCCCGGCAGAAGGAGGAGGAGCUGCAGAGGCUGGUCACAGAGCUGCAGGCAUACAAGGAGCAGGCCCAGUGCCUUUCUGCUGAGCUCCAAUCCACCAAACAUGACGCUGACCGAUUUUCCCAACAAGUGGAAAAGCAAAGGUUAGAUCAGGAGCUCAUUCAGAAGGAACGCGAGGCUGAGAAGUUAAAACUACAAGAGGAGCUUACACAAGUCCAGGCUAAAUUAUCCAAUAUCGAAAGUAGUUACAAGCAACUGAAGCAGCAGAAUGAAGAACUCCAUAUGGCCAAGGAAGAGCUUUCGAAACGCCAAGAGGAGCUGCAAACGCAAAGCAAAUGUUCAGAUGAAGAAAGAGGUUCUCUCAAAAAACAGUUGCAGAUAGUCACAAAUGAUCUGGAAGUGGCAAGGACAGAAGGCAAGCAGCUCAAAGAUGCGUACAAUGAACAGUUAGUCAAAACGCAAGAGCUUGAGAAACAGAAUGCAGAGAAGCAAGAUCUUGUUCUAAAACACCAACAGGAAAUAGAACAACUUCAAGCUCAGAAGAAGCAACUGCAUGUCAAUUAUGAGAGCGUUUGUAAAGAGAAGAGCAGACUAGAGGAGGAUUUUGAGCAAAAACAGUCCAAACUCAUGUCAGAGAAGGACAACCUCAACUCGGAGUUAGACUCUGCCAGAAAUGCCAAAAAGUCCCUUGAUGCAAAGAACGGCGAACUCCAGUCCAAACUCAACUCCCUGAACUUGGAAAAAGAAGAUCUCACGAUGAAGAACAGCCAACUGCAAGCACUGAACGAGACGCUAACCAAAGACAAGGCAAAACUGUCCAACGACAUCAGCGCUACCAUGUUAGAGAAAGCUAACCUAGAAAAGGCCAAAGAGGCGCUUCAGAAUCAGCUCGAUUCCACUAAGAAAGAUCUAGAGACGAGCCGGCGUGAGUGCGAAGAAGUGAAAGUAUCCAAAAACGGGUUGGCUCAAAUGUUGGAGGAGUUCAAAACAAGCAGCCAAGUUACAGAUUCCGAGAGGCUCCAACUUCUGCAAGAGAAGGAGGACCUGCUCACCGUUCAGAGGAAAGCCAGUCACGAAAACCAAGAGCUGCUCAAACAGAUCCAAGAGCUGAAGAGCAAGGUUCAGACGUCGGCAGAUCAGCUCGCUCAGGCUAAUGACAAGUGUAAGGAGCUCGCUGAAGCUCUAGAACGGGAAAAACAGUCAUUCCAAAAGCAGAGUUCUGAAGCUGAGAUGUCUCUCCACGCACUCAAGAAAGAGCACAUGAGCCUGGAGUCCACGCUAGAACAGCAGAAGACCGACAACGAGAGGCUAGCAGGGGAGAAAGGAGAGCUGGAGGGCAAGGUAACAAAGGUGCUAGCAGAAAGAGAUGGGGUUUCAGCAGAGAGGGAAAGGCUGUCCGCUGAUUUAAGAGCAGCUAAAGACCAGUUGGACAGUGUCUCCAAAACAAAUGCAGAACUUAACCAAGAGAAGUCAGAUCUAUCCAGCAAGUUAGAGGAUAUUAAAAGGGGAAAAGCUGAGGUUGAGGCUGUAGUGGUUGCUUUGAAACAGAAUAAAGUUGAUUUUGAGAAUCAGGUGAAGAAACUAACUUCAGAUGUUGAAACUCUAAAUAAAAGUAAUGAGAAACUUAUUGAGGAACAUGAGGCUUUUAAACAACAACUAGAAAAGACCAAUUCAGAGCUGGCUGAGAAGGUAAACAACCUCACAAAGGAUUGUCAAAACCUGCGGUCUGGACAGAGCAAUGCUAGUAAGCACCUGGAGUCCGUGCAGUCGGAGAAGCAGAGUUUACAGCAAGAAUUACAAAAGUUACAAUCGCAAAUCCAGGCGCUGUCCAAAGCAAAGGAGAGCCUCGAAUCACAGCUCCAAGCGGAAACUAGUCAGCACAGUGAGGUGAUCGCUGUUAAAGAUGGCCUCUCCAAACGGGUCGAGGAGUUGGAGCAGACGGUGUCCAAGCUGAAGCAGGAGAAAGAACUAGUGUCUCUGAGUCUCCAAAAGAGCGACCAGGACAAGAAGGGAAAAGUGGAGGAAAUGUCCAAGCUGUUCAAACAACAAGAGCAGGAGUCCAGUCAGUUGAGGAGCGAGAAAGAGCAACUCAAGUCUCAAAUGGAGGAGAUGAACAAACAGAUGGGUAGUCUGAGCUCUGAAAACAAACAACUCACUUUAACGCAAGGUCAUUUAGAACAAGAUCUAGCUUCUCUGCGCAGCGAGCGGGAAAACUGGCUCAAAGAACAGCUAGGACUGAGCGCCAAGUUGGACAAGUUCCAGGCCGACCAGAAGCAAGCAGAGGCUGAGCUGAAGAGGCUCCAGCGCGACAAAGAGGACCUGCAGAAGCAAUACCAGCAGGCGGCUACAGAGGGCGCUACGUCAGCCAGAGAGAGGGACCAGCUAAGCACCCGCCUCACGGAGCUCACAGCCCAGAAGGACGCCCUGCUGAAGGAGCGCGACGCAGCCCAGCAACGGGCCUCCCAGCUCGGCUCACAGCUCUCACAUGCCCUUUCUAAGCAGCUUGAGGCUGCAGAGUCUUCUGGCAAAACAUCUGAGGCUCUGGAGCAGCUGUCCAAAGAGAAGGCUGCUCUGCUCCAGGAGAAGACUCAGGCCCAGGCUCUGUUGGAGGAGCUGCGCACCUCCAACAGCCACUUGGAGUCUGAGAUGAAAACACUAAAAGAAGAAAACUCCAAGUACCAGGAGGAAUUGAAAACCACCAAAGGUCAGCUCAGCACAGAGUCUCAGAGGAGCAAGAGCCUGAGCCAGGAGCUAGAGAAGCUGAAGGAGGAGGUGUCCACAAAGAGCCAGUCUCUUCAGAGUCUGCAGCAGGAGCACGAGCAGCUGAGCAGAGAUCUGAACGACAGCCACCAGGACCAGGCCCAGCUCUCCAAGCUCAAGAACGAACACUCCAAACUCAAGCAGCAGGUGAAGGAGCUGAAACAAAGUGAGAGCAUCCUGAAGGAGCAGCUGGACAAAGAGAAGGCAUCCCUGACUAAGAACAGUGCCUUAAUUAGUAGUAAAGAGGAGCAACUGGAGGAGCUGAGGAGACAGCUGACGUCCCUGCAAGCUGAGAGCGUGUCCGCCCGAGCUCUGGAGGCCACAGUGGAGGCUCUGGAGAAAGACAAGGCCAGUCUGAAAGAACGCCUGCACAAACUGGAGAAGGAGAGAGGAGGAGGAGGGGGGCAGGGCUCAGGAAACGCAGAGGUGGAUGAGCUGCAGGAGGAGAAGGCCUCUCUGGAGAGUCAGAUUGACUUCCUGAACUCGGUCAUUGUGGACCUUCAGAGGAAGAACCAGGAGCUCAAGGACAAGCUGGAGAAACUGGCCACUGCAGCACUCAAUGGGAACAGCCCCAGUGAGAUGGACAACUACGAGAGUGAGGCCCAGAACACAAAAAAGAAGCCGCCUCCGCGCCUCUUCUGUGACAUUUGUGACUGUUUUGACCUCCACGACACAGAGGACUGUCCCACCCAGGCCCAAGAGCCCGACUCCCCUCCCCACAGCACCUACCACGGCUCCAAGGACGACGAGAGGCCCUACUGUGACAUCUGUGAGGUGUUCGGCCAUGACACAGAGGCCUGCAAUGACGACCAGACCUUCUGAGGAGCAUCUUGGAGCCUUCUGCACAAUCAGCACACGUUUGCACAUCAUGUCUGCUGCUUCUGGACGGGUUUGUGCGCGCUGUAACCUGGGGCUGGAGCUCUGGAUCUUACUAUAUUUGGGUUUGGUGACCUCUGAACCUUUGAGUUCUUUGAGUGUCUGAUUUGCGGGUUUGUGUGACGGGAGCUCACUGUGUGAUCAACCAUUGCUGAAGUGUCUUUUCUAUCAUUAAUUUAUAAAUCUACAGAGAAUGCACAGCCUGACGGUUACGAAGAACAUUUGGUAUAAGGUGAUGGAAGUUUUGAGGGUGCUAUAGUUUAUUUUUUUAUGCCUGUAAAAGUACUUUUAAGAUUUGCUGAGCAGUGUGAAGAGCAGUCGUACUGUGCUGUUGGUUUAACUUGGACACACUGGUCACUGGAAGAACUGCUGCCCAAUAGAAAUCAAUCAGCUCUUUUAGCACUUCUCCUCUGGCCUUUCCAAAAUCAUUUUGCAAAGAAUUUCUGUAUGAAGCGUUAAUGUAUUAAAAUAAAUGGAAUUUAUGUAUAAAUGUAA